UCCAGCAGCGCUUGAGUUGUACUAGAUAGAUGGGCACAUAUUUGUAGGCUCUUUGAAAGUUUGAAAUAUAUCCAGAUAAUUCAGUUGAUGACUGUGAUUGCUCUAAAACGACUUCAGUUAACAUUUAACCGUUGCUUGGAGUUGAUGACAAGAGUUGUGGCGUAUUUUAAACCGUGCGUAAUUUAUUUCUCAGCUCCAUCAGUAAAAGUUUGAGUUUCCCUGACGAGACAUUGCAUUUGGACAUUUAACACCGGGAUAAGAUGACAGCGAUCAGAAUGAUUUCAUCAAUGCUGCUGCUGGUGCUGAUGCAGUCCGGAGUUCUUUGCGCACGGAGGUUCCGGGGUGGCCGCAACCCACAACCACGCCGCUCGCCACCUCCUCCCACAUACCGGGCGGACCGGGGGGACACCACGGAGAGCUUCCCUCUGGAUUUCACCGCCGUGGAGGAGAACAUGGAUAACUUCAUGACACAGGUGAAGAACCUUGCGCAGUCCCUCUACCCGUGUUCGGCGCAGAAGCUCGACUACGACAUGAAGCUCAACUUUUUGGAGAAUACAUCAGUCACCUGCAACGAUGGGAGUCCUGCGGGUUACUACCUGAAAGAGUCUCGAGGCAGCAGACGGUGGUUGAUAUUCCUAGAGGGUGGCUGGUACUGCUUCAACAAGGAGAACUGUGACAGCCGAUACGAGACCAUGAGGAGAUUGAUGAGCUCAUCCACGUGGCCCCAAACUAAAACAGGCACAGGGAUCCUGUCUCCGCUGCCCGAGGAAAACCCUCACUGGUGGAACGCCAACAUGGUGUUCAUCCCGUACUGCUCCAGUGAUGUGUGGAGCGGCGCUACAGCCAAAACAGAGCAGAGUGGCUAUGCCUUCAUGGGCUCACUGAUCAUACAGGAGGUUGUGAAGGACCUGCUGAACAAAGGCCUGGACAACGCCAAAGUUCUCCUAUUAGCAGGAAGCAGUGCUGGUGGUACUGGGGUCCUUCUGAACGUGGACCAUGUGGCGGAGCUGCUGGAGGGACUGGGGCAUACUGGGAUACAAGUGCGAGGCCUGUCUGAUUCUGGCUGGUUCCUGGACAACAAGCAGUACAGCUGCACGGACUGCACGGAGUGCUUGGACGCCAUCACCUGCGCCCCCACUGAGACCAUCAAGAGAGGCAUCAAGUACUGGGGAGGAGUGGUUCCAGAGAGGUGCAGGCAAACCCAUGAAGGAGAGGAGUGGAACUGUUUCUUUGGAUAUAGAGUCUUCCCAUCGAUAAAAAGCCCAGUUUUUGUUGUCCAGUGGCUGUUUGACGAGGCCCAGUUGGCAGUAGACAACAUCCAGCUAACAGGCCAGCCUGUGCAGGAGGGCCAGUGGCGCUACAUUCAAAAUCUGGGCAUUGAGCUGAGGAACACACUCAAAGAUGUCCCAGCUAUGUUUGCUCCAGCCUGCCUUUCACAUGAAGUUAUCACCAGAAAUUACUGGAUUGACAUUCAGGUUAAAGGCACCUCUUUGCCACGAGCUCUGCACUGCUGGGACCGCAGCCUGAAUGACAACAGGAACAACAAAGCUCCACCCAAGGGCUGCCCCGUUCAUCUGAUCGACAGCUGCCCGUGGCCGCACUGCAACCCCACCUGCCCCACCAUCCGAGACCAGUUCACAGGACAAGAGAUGAACGUCAUUCAGUUCCUCAUGCACAUGGGCUUCGAUGUGCAGAAGAUGGCUCAGCAGCAGGGCAUGGACCCCAGCAAGCUACUGGGCAUGCUAAGCAGCGGCAGCUAAACGGACACACACACACACACACACACACACACACACACA